AUGGAUAAACAGGUCAGAACAGCUCGAGGACCCAAGCCGACGAAGGCUUGUGUCAAUUGUCGGCGACUAAAGAUGAAAUGUGAAGUCUCAGGGGCUCCACCUUGCCGUCGAUGCCGCCAUACUCAGACUACUUGCGUUUUCAAGCCUCGGGCUAAUGCCUCUGCACUUCAUGAUUUAUUUGACCUCGAGGAGGCAGACUUAUUCAACAUACAUCCUGCAAUGCGUGACCAUCAGUCCAUUCUGGAUCGAUUAGAUCGAAUUGAAUCUGCCUUAGGGAUUGAACGAGAUGUCCUAGAGGACCCAGUUGUUUCUUCAGUCUCACCAACAGAGGAAGAUGACCAAUUUAUAUUCAUACAAGGAGCUUGGGACGCCGUUGCUCAUCUGAGAUCCAUAACUCGACCAGUACAGGAAGAGGCUAUUUGGGCGAGACCAAAUAUCAAGUGCCUUUGGACCUCAUUUCUCAACAAUCUACCGCUGCUUCACUUCUUGAAAGAUCGAGAUGCCUUUAAUUCUCCAACACCGUUGUUACUAGCUGCUGUUCUAUACAUCGCCGCGCUUCACCACAAAUCUUCCGAGCUGGGGUCCCUAGAAGCAGGCUAUUUUACGGCGACUUGCUGCGCAAUAGCUGAGCUGGCAUCCCCAAAUAUAGAUAUCGACCUCUGUAAGAGGAGGGAUAAAGAAACAAUAGAUAUUACGAGACCCAAAGCGUUCCACAAUGUCCUUGGUCUGAUCAUGGCAAGUCUAAGCUCCGAAGCUUAUAUCGAAACGACCGGUCUGUGGAUCGCAAUGGGUUACCGACUCUGGUUAGACCACUGUCCCUUUGAUCUGGGAACUUCGACACUAGAUUGGCGUGGUCUAUUCUCUGGUCUUCAAGUCAUUGACAUUGAACAUGCGUCUAUACACAUGUCCUACCCUCUCAUUCCCCACAAACCACCAACGCCUGGUAUCCACCGUCUAGACAGCCAUCAAGAGAAUGCUUUUCAAGGUCUGGCCGAAAUGAUGCACUUUGGUCUCAGCCACUUUGUGGGAAGAGGCCUGCCGACAAUUUGGUGCUCAAUAAAUGCAGAUGCCACUGACUGUAUCCCGGCGGUUCGCAGUCCUUUUACAGAGCGAGACUCUGAGGUUAUACGUCUUUGGGCUCGAAAGCUUGAUGACUGGCUUGUUCGGUAUAAUGGGGCAUCUCAGCCAUCCCCGUCUGACCGACAGGGUAUUUUGAUAUUGUUACAGUAUCAUUUGCACAAGCUUUAUGUGCUCUCAAUCUACCAUCCUGCUCGGGGAUUUGAUCUCAGCUCGGCUAAUAUUAGUCCUGUCGAGAGACAUGAGCUGCUGGUGUCAGCACGAGCAGUAUUAAGACUGCGCCAAGAUGAUGCAAGUAUUUGGUCAAAUUGGGAUCUGAUAAUGAUAACAUGGGCUGCUAUCCUCCUCCUUCGUGGAGUAGAGGAUGGCAUUACCCACCAAGAUGACCUACACCUCAUUCAAUCCCACCUUCAAAGCCUAGAGCGAAGCUCUCAAACUACAGUGAGUAUACACACUGUUCUAUUACAGCGCCUCGAAUCCAGCAUGCAGGCCAUGCAUACCCCGCCAGACACAAGUUCUGCAUUGGUGUUUCCGGGCCCUGGUGCCGAUGAUUCGUGGACGAUCUUCGACCAUGAAAUCAUGUCUUUAGCAAAUCCGCCUUGGUUAUUUGAGGACUCCACCACAUUUUCACAGACCCACAAAUCUCUCUCUCAGCUACCUGCCAGCCUGCCUGUCCCCUAUGCGAGCUUGCUGGACAGCAGUGCUCAGUCCUUUGAAGCAAAUACAGUCUGGAACAGCACAGAGUAG